AGAGCCGUGCAGGACGAGGACGGCUGCUUGCCCAGCGCUGUCCUCAGCAGGGUGAUCGCAGCGGCGUCAAGGGACGUGAGAGAGGCGCAGGGCGUGACGGAGGACGUGCGGGCAGCUGCCAGCGACCUCCUGGUGGCUCUGGCACGCUGCCACUUUGACAGUGUCAUGUGUGAGCUCCAAAGCCACCUGAGAGUCCUGGGAGGGAUCUCGGAGGACUUUGUGUUUGUCACCCUGGGCAAGCUGGCCAGCAGCUACGCGCUGCGGUGCGUCCCCUUCAUUGGAAUGACGCUCUUCACCCUGCGCGCGAUGCUGAGCCAUGUGGGGAGCAGCCAGACCCUGCGCGCUGUCUGCAGCGUCCUGGAGCAGUGGUCGAAGGCCGCAAACAGCUACCUGAGCCGCUGGGAGAAAUGUCCCUUCCCGCGCGUGGGGGAGGCCCAGUUCUGCAGCAGCGUUUACCCGCUCUUCUGCCACGUGGUCAGGAACUGGCUGGACUGCGAGGAGGAGGAGGUCAAGCAGGCCGUCCUGGGGGCGAUGGCUGCCAUGAUGGGCCUCCUCCUGCACGAAGAGGAGCACCGUGAGCGGGUGUGGGAGCAGCUCCCCUGGCUCCUGGGCCAGUACCAGCAGGUCCAGGACACUUCCUGGGUGACCAAGGGUCUUCGUUAUUUUCUUGAAAUACUGGGAGAAGUGAAGAUCCCCGUCCCCAAAGCCAAGGUGCAGGCCAUCGGCACCGCUGUGCACAGCCAGCUCAGCGAUGAGACGAAGCAGCACAGCGGGGAGCACCGGUCGGAGCUGCGCUCCUGUGUCCUGCUGCUGGCCCGAGUUAGCCUGGAGGACACAGUGACGUUUCUGGGGUCACAGCUGGGGAGCAAGAGCGAGGCCGCCCGCGUGGUGUCCUUGGAUCUGCUCAGAGCCCUGGUGCGCCCUGCAGGUCAGUGCCGCGGGGCGCAGCGAGGCCGGCCGGGGUCCGGGCUGCCGGGCUGGGGGCAGACACGACUGCGAGCGAUGCACAAACGCCCGACACGAGCUGCAGAGCGCGUGCUCCCCGGCCGAGCUGCCCCGCGGCUGCGGGGACGGGGGUCUGCCAGUCCCGUCGCACAGUGUGUCUGUGAACGGAGUCCCUGGGGCACUCUGCCGCUUCCUCGGCCCUCACGGUCUCGUCCCUGGUUUCUGUGCCGCUCGUGCGCGAACGAGCCGGGAGCGGGGCCAGCAGCGGAGGUAGGACAGAGCCUGGCGCCGCUUGCACGGGCGGUGCAGGGCGUGCUGAGGGACCCCGGCAGGGAGGUGGCGAGGGCAGUUCUGCGCUUCACCAAGGAGCUGCUCGGCUGCAGCGUCCAGAGCUGCUCGGCCUGGGAGCUGGUGGCCCACGUCUUCGCCAGGUUCAGCCAGGCCUCCGGCAGACUGGCGGAGGGAAACCUUUCGGAGGCAGAAGCACAGGAGGAAGCAGAUCUUCAGGCCCUGUGCUUGGACAUCCUGCACUCCCUGGAUGUCUCCAUCAAGGGGAUGAGCAAACUCUUGUGGCCGCGGCUCCUCCAGUACGUGGUGCCAGCCCAGUACACGGGCACACUGGUCCCGCUCUCCCGAUGUCUCCGAGAGCUGGCAGAGAGACGGGAGAGCGCGGAAGGCGAGGACGGAGAGGAGGAGCCCGAUGCUGCGGCCGCUCGGGAUCAAGCCAGGCUGCCGACGCCACAGGCCCUGCUGGCUCGCCUGCUGGUGAGUAGGGCCCUGGGGAAAGGCUCCCGGGGCCUCGAGGCAACGGGAGAGGUGGGGGCAGAGCCGCUUCGCGAGCCGGGGCCAGCAGCCUCCGGGCAGGAAGGGGCGUGCGAGAGCGAGUCGGAGCCUCCCCUGCCCCGCGGGGACCCCGCUGCGGUGGUGGCGGCGGCUCCUCACGCCGGCGGCGGCUGCGGCAUCGCUGCUCUGCGGCUGCUGCAGGCCUUGUCCACGGAGAUCCACGGCGCCGUGGGCAUGGUGUGGGCUGUGAAGAUCCCCUUCCUGCUGGAGCACCUGGCAGAGAGAAGCGAGAGCUCCCUGGACUCUGCCGAGUGGGAGCAUCUUCUGCUUAAGUUCCUGAGGACGUCGCUGGAGACCAUCGAGAGCCAGGCCUGGACCAUGGCCUUCAGCUUCGAGCUGAACCAGCAGGCGGGCAGCUACUGCCGGCUCUCCCGGGAGCAGGCCUUCCUCUACAAGGCUGUCGGGGUGUCCCUGGCAGCCUGUCAGCACGUCCCCUACGUCCGCGGGGAAAUCCGGAAGUACCUCUUCCAGACAAACUAUUUGGAGGCGUCUGAGAGAGAGGCAAUGAUUUCUGUUGUCGCCGGCUCUGCUGAGAGCCACUUCCCCCUCGCCUUGGAGGUGGUGCACGAGUUCGGGGCUACAAUGGAGGAAAGACCAGUGUCCGGGGCUUUCAGACGCCUCAAGGAAUACCACCAGGGGAAGAGAGCGGGGACGCACACGGCGCUGGUGCUGGCCUACGGCCGGAUGGCGCUCUGCGCCCCCCGGGAGCAGCUCCUGGCCCGCGUCGAGAGCGACGUCGUGGGGCCCAUCCUGCGGCACUACCGCGCCAGCUGCCAGGUGCUGGGCUUCACCUUCUCCACCAAGGUAAGUGCUGCCCAACGGGGCCUCGCUUCCUGCCCUUCCCGCACACCUUCCCUACUGCGGGCGUGCAGGACCGGCGCUCCCCAGGCCACGGGCCCGGGCUCUUCUGGCGGUAGGUGCCGGGAAAGCUCAUGCCGUCCCCGAGGGAGCUGCUUCCCGGGAGGGGAGAGGAGGUUUCCUUCCUCGGGGCCGUGUGCCGAGCUGCGGUCCCUGAGGCACCCGGGAGCCGUAGUCGCCCCUGUGUGCCGUGCGUUGGGGCUGGGCUCCGCGCCGCACCGCUCUUUCGGCCCCUGGCGCUGCGAGGAGCCCGUCAUCGGCGCCGCUGUGUUUCUCUCUGCUGGGAUGCAGGACGUGCAGCUCAAGCUGGCGCUGGUGCGGAGCAUCGCCGAGGUCAGCCGGGCCAUGCAGGGGGCGGGGGGCUCCCAGCGCGCGGAGCUCUGCUGCAAACGGGAGCUGCUGAGCGUCCUGCUGGGCUUCGUGAGGGCCGAGCCCCGGGAUUGCCUGGCGUCCCCGGUGCGCCAGGAGGCGUUUCUGGCCGUGGGGCACCUGAGCAAACUGAAGCCGUCACUGAGCCGAGAGGAAAGCCGCGACCUCCUGGAUCAGUGCCUGCAGAGCGUGAUGCCCCUGCCUGCCCUGGAGCCGGCGGAAGAGGAAGGGGCGACAGCGGCGGGCGCUCUGCACCUGCGGGCUCUGCACGCUCAGACCAUGGGGGCGCUGGGCGAGCUGGUGACGGCGCUGCUGGAGGAAGACCUCACCUCCAGCUGGCUCGUGGAGAUGCUGCACGUGCUGGAGUACUGGCUCAGCUCGGCCCGUGAGUGGGAGCGGGAGAGGGCCCUGCAGGCCUGCGCCCAGCUGCUGGGCGCCUACGAGGAGCGGUUCGAGCUCACGGGAGAAAAUUCUUUCGGGCUCUUUGGCUCCACGGUGGGACUGCUGGCACCUUUCGUCUGCGACUCGCUGGCCACGUCCCGCCAGCGGGCAGGCGCCUGCCUCGGCCACCUCCUCCGCAUACAAGGCAAGGCCCUGGAGACGACGGCCGAGGAGGACGAGGUGCAGUCCCUGUGCCAGCGGCUGCGAGCCCCCGACGCCGAGGCUCUGCUCCAGGCGUCCUCCAGACUCUCAAAGAUCGUUUGCAAAUACAUCCCCCCGGCGCAGGCGGCGGAUUUCGUUUCUGCCGCCCUGGACGGGAUGCUGUCGGCGAGGGCGGCGUGCGCUCAGGCAGCUGGCGAGUGGCUGCUCGCCUUCCUGGAGACGUGCGGGGGACAGCUGCUCAUGCAGGUGCCGGAAAUCCUGAGCAUCAUCUACAUCCGGAUGCCGACCAUGCAGCAGGACACCCUCCGCGGCCUCCUCUUCAAGGCGGUGUCCCUGCUCGCCCACUACCACCCCGGGGCCGUCAUCGACAGCCUCCUGCACAAGCAGCUGCCCAUGGACAGUGAAACCGUGGAGCUGUGGGGGGUCCUGGGGAGGACGUUCGUUGCCGGCCAGCUCCUGGGGGUUCUGAUGGAGAAACUGAAGGACUCGGGAAGCGACCGGCCCGGGACCAGCUCCGCCGAGCCCGAGGCAGACGACAGCCAGGCUGCGCUGGAGCCUCUCAAGAUCACCUGCGCCAUCUUCGAGGUGGUGUCAACGCUGCAGAGCCCGGAGGCUGUGCAGCACCUGCUCCCGGAGCUGCUCCCGGUGCUCCUGCAGCAGAUCAGCGCCACGCUGGGAAAGGAGAUGCCGUUCUCCAAAGUCAGCGGCCGGGGAAAGCUGUUCCUGAAGGGACACAUGAGCGAUGACAAUCCUUGCAGGCUUUCCCUGGAGACCUUGGAGGCGGUGCUGCGUGCGUGCCUCCACGGGGGAUGGCUGUGGCUGCUGAGGAAGCAGGGAGCCUGGGCUGCGCUGGAAGACCCCCGGGCUCACCACGACGGCGUCUGUCUGCUGACGGGCGUGCUGCUCCGCGCCGGCGUCGUCUCGCUGCCCGUGGUGCUGGUGGUGACCCAGUGGCUGGACUCCCCCUCGGCCAACCGGCGGGUCAUGGCCGCGGCCUUCUGCGCCGAGCUGAUGAAGGCGCCAGUGCCCUGGGAGAGGAGGUGCCUGCAGCCGAUCGUGGGGGCCCUGCUGCAGAAGUCGCGGGACCCGAGCAGGACUGUGCGGCAGAUGGCAGCACGUGGCCUCGGCAAUCUGGCCCGCGGCGCGCCGGAGACGUUGCGCGAGCACAGGGGAGCCGUGGUGGCGGCGCUGCGGAGUGGCCUGGAGUCCGGGGGCGGCGGUGGCGGCAGAGAGCCUGCUGGCGCUGGCCAGGGUGGCGGAGGAGCUGCGGGGGAAGGGCCUGGGCGCCUCCUUCAGAGACCUCGCCAGGGACGCAGCGGCCUUCUUCAACGCCGAGGAGGCGGCGCUGCGUGCGGCAGCCUUCACCCUGUACGGGGCGCUGGCGGCCUCCGCCUCGAGGCGGUGGAGGCCGUUCUUGGCCGAGGAGCUGGGGAGCACGUGGGCCAGCCUGGUGCUGCACCUCGGGGACCCGGACCCAGGCGCCUGCAGGGCGUGCCGGGGCACGCUGCAGCUGUGCGUGCUGCUCCCGGGGCUGCAAUGGCUGCGGCAGAGCAUCGCCGCGGGCGCAGGGCUGAGCGCGGCCGAGCUGCUGGACGACAUCUGCGGGCAGCUGGCCUGGGAGAGCCUCGAGCAGCAGCAGGCGCUGUACGUCGCCGCCCGACGCUGCUUCCUGCAGGGCUGCGGGGAGGUGCGGACCACUGGCCUCCAGGUGGCUGGGGUCCUCGUGGCGCACGCAGGCACCGUGUGGCUGACGGCGGAGGAGGCGAUGCUGCUCGGGGCAGCGCUGCGGGUGCUGAGGCGCGACGCGGACCCGAGGGUGCAGCAGGCGGCCGCUCGGCUGCUGCAGGACACGGGCCUGGACCAGCUGCAGCGGCGGCGCUGAAAUAAAGUCGGGGCGGCGGCAGGGCAGAG